ACAAAUAUUGAAAAAAAUAAAGUCAUAAAAUUAAAUAACUGACCUUCAGAUCUCAGCAGCACUGGCAAGAUUUCAAGUAUCCUAUAACCACUUGGUCUGGCAGUUACUGUAUUGUACAAUGCAGAUAUGGGGCAUUUACUUUACCUUAGGAAGUUCUAUUGGCACAGUGAUCUACAUCUUAUGUUUCUAUAAUUUUUCGUUGUAAAUACUUCCUUUUCUGCUUUUCUGAAUUAAUUUCUUUCUAUGGAUUUCAUCAAGUAAUAAAUAGACUUCAAUUAGCAUGGUUACUGUGGAGACUAAAUAGGCAAAUAUAUGUAAAUCUGAAAGGGCACAAUCACGUUUUAUACAAAUUUGACUUUCUUUUUUUUCCCCGAACCUCAGGUGCAAAUGGGUGAGUUAAUGAUCCCUUUGUUCAUGAUGCUUUUGCAUUAUUUCUCCACGAAAUACAUUCAGUUAUUCUUGAUGUCAGGGGAAAAUUGGUUUAUAAAAGUCCAUGAAUUGAUUAACACCAUUGUAAUCUUAGUUGCUUGAUAUCCAAGUCUAGGGGGGACCAGAGAGCAGGAGGGGACUGAGGCUUCAGAGAGCUGCUAUGGAUACUGGAGAACCAUUGCUAGGGCAUACAGCAAGAAAAACGAGAUCUGAGAAAUUCCGCAGUGUUCGUCUACAGGUGGAAAACAAACCCUAUGUGUGUCAUGAGUCUGGAAGCACUCUGCUCUGGAAUCAGGGAGGGAACUGAAGAAUUCUGAAUGCCAUAGGCUACUGAAUGCACACAACACAAUGUUUAUCAUGUUCUGAUUUGUAAGAGAUCUGUAUUUUGACCUUUAUUUUCAAUCACAGCUAUAAUCUGACAUUUGACCCUGGGAUAGGAGUGACCUCUUACACCCUGUUCUUAGAGUGCACCACUUGUGGUUUGUUGGGCUAGGGGGUCACACCCAGGUGAAGGUCUGGGGCUUCCUGACAGGUGAGUCUGGAAAUUGUGCACAGUACUGGAUCUCAUGACUUCUUUCUCCAUCCUCAGCUUUGCCUGCUUAGUGCUUGUACUGUCUGUGAGUGAGAACCCAGAGAAAGAUACCUGGCAACUGACUUGUCGACAAUGCAGGCACCGGAACCAGUGACAUUUGAAGAUAUAGCUGUAGACUUCACCAAGGAAGAGUGGGCCCUGCUGGACGCAUCCCAGCGAAAGCUGUUCAGAGAUGUGAUGCUGGAAAGUAUCAAUCAUCUGAUCUUUCUGGAGAAUAAUAGCUGCAAAAGAUCCUUCCAGUUGGAGCAAGAAGGAGAGCUGCAGAGUGAAGGAACUGGGUUUCUCCAAGAGCACAGUCCAGGUGAGCAGCAGGGACCUGUGGGUCAGGAGGAGCAGGUGCCUACUGUGAGUGUGUCCUUUAGAAAUACUCACUGA